CUGGAAUUGAUUGCUUCCAUUACCGAAGAAAACAAAAGAAGAAAGAGAAAAAGGAUUAUUAUGACAGCCAUGUAUGUUGAGUCAGUGUGUCUUGGGCUAGCGUAUCUUAGUACGCAGAGGGCACCGAAGAGUUUGGGCUGCUUUAGUGAUGAAGAGCAGCGAUAUGGUCUUCGGAAGUAUUUGCUGAAGGAAAUGUACAAUGGGUCAGAAAUCACUUGCUAUGAUGAGUUGCGACUAACAAAAAGAAACUUUCAUGCUUUGUGCACGAUGUUACGCGAGAAGUGUGGUCUCAUUGAUAGCAUAUAUGUGACUGUAGAAGAAAAGGUUGCUAUGUUUUUAUUGGUUGUUGGACAUGGUAUUAAAAUGAGGAUCCUGCGGGGCACUUACAAGCGUUCAUUAGACACUAUCAGUAGGCACUUCUCUUCCGUGUUAACAGCCAUACUUUCCCUAAGUGGGGAGUUUAUCAAGCUUCCCAAUCCAUCUGUCGAGCCUCCGGAUGAUUACAAAUGGAAGUGGUUUGGCAAUGCAUUGGGAGCACUAGAUGGGUGUCAUGUUGAUGUUUCUGUUGUUCCAUCUGACCAAGGAAGGUAUAGGAACAGAAAGCAAGCAAUCACCACUAACAUGCUAGGUGUGGUUGACUGGAACAUGAAAUUUCUUUAUGUUCUACCUGGCUGGGAGGGAUCUUCAUCUGACUCGAGAGUGUUGCGUGAUGCAAUGAGAAAUAAUCGUCAAGAUGCAUUUGUUGUACCGCAGGGAAAGUAUUACUUAGUGGAUGCUGGCUACACCAAUGGGCCGGGCUUUCUUGCUCCAUUCCGAUCGACUCGGUACCACUUGAAAGAGUGGGUUGCAAGUCAACAACAGCCCCAAACUUCUAAAGAGCUCUAUAACUUGCGUCAUUCUCGUGCUAGAAAUGUUGUGGAGAGAACUUUCGGGUUGUGGAAGAAAAAAUGGGCCAUACUAAGAGUUCAAUCUUUCUUUGAUAUAAAGGACCAGAUUCGAAUUAUUAAUGCGUGUUGUGUGUUACACAACUUUGCAAGGGAUAGGCAACAUGUGAUGGAUGAUCUAUUGCUUCCAGAAGUUGACCAUGAACUAGAUGAUUUGGAACUUGAGACGGGGGAUGACGCUAACUUAAUUACAUCUGUUGAAGUCACAAAUGAAUGGACCAACUUUAGGCAAAACUUUGCAGAUGACAUGUAUGCUGAGUACCUUGUGAGGCAUGCAGAACUAGAGAUGUAGUAGCUUGAUGAUGGUAGUCUCAU